ACAUUGUACAUAUUUCAUUGGACAUGUUAGAUAAAUUUGUCCACCAUAAUCACCUUCAAAUAUAAGAACACAAUUUUCUGUUGUUUUAGCAUCAUUAAAGUUUUUUAUUGCUUCAUAUUCUUCUCCAUGUGCAGAGCUAAUCAUUGACCGCAUUGGACUUGAAUGAUCAUCGGACAUUUUCGAAAAAUAAAAUUGAGAAAAUCUGAAAAGAAAGCAAGCUUUAUACACAAUAAUGUAUUUUUAAAAAGAAUUUCAAUUUGUAAUUAUGUUCACAAAAUAUUUUGUGGUUUUUCGCAAAUACUUUCUUUAAAAAUAUUGUCACAAUCAUAGACGAAGUUUACCAAAUAUGAUUUUCUUUUUAAUAGAACUUAAGGGAUGAAUUGAUGAAUCAAUAAGCUCAAGCGUUAAUUUAAAAAAACUGAGAUAAAGUUCAACUAUGUGUUCAUACUAUUAAUAACAAAGACUCGAAAACAAAUUUCUACACAUAAUACAAAAAUUUAUGAUGAUCAAAACAAAUCUAUUGAGAGAACGAAAAAUAUUUGAAUUAUCUUAUCUGACUCGAGUUAAUAGAAUUUAUUGUUAACUGAUAAAGUUGAAUAAGAGUAUUGCAUCAGCCGAUAAAAAUCCAGUGUUGGUUGCUCGACAAAGAAUAACAUUUACGAGAGAUAACAACAAUGGCACAAAUACAGAGUGGGGAGAAUCUAACCCAAAACAAACGAAUAAAGGAAAGAAUGGUGAGUCAUUCAUUCACAUAGGUCCAAUUUCAACAAGUGAAAUGAGAAAAGAGAGAGAGGACGCUCUUUUAUAGAUGUACAUCACUUUUAUGUGAAGAGAAAAAGUGACAAAGUGGAAGAAUAUGAAGCAAUAAAAAACUUUAAUGAUGCUAAAACAACAGAAAAUUGUGUUCUUAUAUUUGAAGGUGAUUAUGGUGGACAAAUUUAUCUAACAUGUCCAAUGAAAUAUGUACAAUGUAAUGAACAGAUAUUAAAACAAUUAUUAAAUGAUAUUGAUAAACUUCAAUGGGAUGAUGAAGAAGGAUGUAGAAUGUAUUAUGAAAUACACAAAAUUGGUGAUGAUAUUAUCGGUGGAAUGAGCGGUGGUCACGUCAAUGAUCAUCUAUGGAUUCAUGAUGAAAUAAAUACGGAAAUAAAACAACAAAUACAAGAUGUUAUUGAUGGAAAAAAAGAAAAAAUUUAUAUUUGA